AUGGCCGCUCCGGAUCCGGCGAACCAAUCCACGCUUAGAGUGCGCCCACUCGUGGCUGGAUCUUCUUCCCACCUGGGUUCGAUAAAACUAAACACUCAGUCACGCCAGUCCAUCUUUUGCUCCUGUAUCAAAUUCAUCUUCAUCGUAGAAGAACUUUUGCCUCUCCUGAAACAUGUACCCAUUCCCAUGGCCGCAUUCGAACCACCGAAUUCGGAAUGGGAGCCGGUAACUUGUUAG